GACUCUGUUAUCUGCAGGAACCUGCCCACCCCCAGGGACACCAGCCGCCUUGAUUCUCACGUGUUCGUGAAGUCCACGGGACCGCAAACCCACACAAUGGCGACUUCGGAGACGCUGGUCGACAUGGUCUCCUCUAUACCGAGCUUCUCCGCCGCCACUAUUCCUGCCACUUCGCUCCCGGCCGCCCUGAAAACCGCUGAAGUAGCUCCUUCCUCUGCUAUGGGCCUCCUGGGGCGCGUGAUUCUCUCUAUUCUGAGAGUAAUCCCUAGCAUUCUCUACUGGAUCAUUACCUUCACCACAAUCACUCUCCCAACAUGGCUAUUCACCCUGUUCUCCAUGAGCUUGACCUUGACCCUGAACUUCACCACGCUAAUGCUCAUCAUCAUAUUACUGGUGUCGACCAUCAGCUACUUUGUGAGAUACCGAUUCCUGACUAUGUAUGCUCGACUACCCGCCGAACCACAACGCGAAGAACCACAGGUCGAGGUCUUCCCAGAUACACAGGAAGGUGACUCAAAGCGGGGUCUUUCAAACUACCUAGACGAGUUCCUGAGCGCUAUCAAGGUGUUUGGAUACUUAGAACGGCCAGUGUUCCACGAGUUAACGAGGACAAUGCAAACGAGGAAGUUGAUAGCUGGAGAGACUCUGUUGUUGGAGGAAGAGAAGGGGUUUUGCUUGGUAGUCGAUGGCAUGGUGCAAAUCUUUGUCAAAUCGAACCGUGAAGGGCCUGGGUCAGAAAAUGUUGGAACACCAGAAAACUCGGAAGAUGAGGAUGCACAGCCGGACCACGGUCAGGGCUAUCAGUUGCUUACAGAAGUCAAGAACGGAGCCCCGAUGUCUUCAUUAUUCUCGAUCCUGUCACUAUUUACUGAGGACGUGAAACUCCGACAUGAGGAUGAGGAAGAUACUGGCAUACAAUCAAAUGGGCCCACAGCUGGAUUCGGCCAUGAAAGACCCUCAAGACCCGCUGCUUCCAGAAAUGCUAGCUUCGAGUCCGACCCAACAAGUCCCCUUGGAACCCCUCGGACACCCCCACAGACUGGGUUAAGAGAUCGCCGCGCGGAUGGGCUGGCGAGCCCUACUGCUGGAGGUCGUCUUCCUACUGUGCCGCCUCUUUCUUUAGAUUUGAAUGGGGAGCAAACAAAUUCGCCCCGCAAACCACCGCCGCAGCACGCCCGGUCUCGAUCUAAGAAACCCAAGUCUGCGCAUCCUGAUAUUGUAGCACGAGCUACGGUGGACACUACAAUUGCCAUUAUCCCCGCGACUGCUUUUCGACGUCUCACUCGAGUAUAUCCAAAAGCAACGGCUCAUAUCGUACAAGUCAUUCUCACUCGACUUCAACGAGUGACAUUGCAAACUGGUCACUCCUACCUCGGCCUUACUAGUGAGGUACUGGGAACUGAAAGGUUGAUGAACAAAUACACCACAUACGACUUGCCUGGAUUUCUCCGCGAUUCUGCCCUAGCGCGACUGAAGGAGAAAUUCUCAAAAGAAAGAGAACGCAUUGGCCCUGAAGAAGGCAUGAAGGGAAUAGCACUCCACAAUCCUGGAGCUGGUCGACGGCGCAGGUCUAGCAGUGGUCUAAGAAAGGGGGCAGCCCUACAAGCUAGACUAGCAGCAGCACGAUCAGGGUCGGAUUUGGAUGGCAGCUCGGAUGUUCCCACAAAGCUGACACCAAUAGGAUCCUCAAAUCGCAACGAGAGAGCGGGAGUCAGCGCAGGUGACCUACUGACAAACUCGCAUCUACCUAGAGCUGGCGGUAGACAUUCGAGGCUGAGCUUUUCCCAGCCUUAUCAGUCCCCAGACCGUGGCAUCCGGGAUGGGAAAACGCCUCUGGAUUCUGGUACAUUCAACCCCUUCAACUCAACCCUACGCGGCCCAUCGCAGCUUCGACGAGACGAUUCUGUGGAUGAAGACAGCGUCUUCCGUGAAGCAGUCCUCGAUUGCAUGUUCAAAGCUAUUGGUCUGACAAACUUGGAGAGUCCUGUAAAGUCUGGCUCCGUUGAGGCCUCUCCUCGCAUGGUCUCAUUCGAUGCGAAGCGCCAGAAAGCCGUUUUCACUAACGCGUUCGGCUUCAUUGAUCAAUACGAGGGUUCACAAGCCGAUUCAGAAUCCGUCGCUUCAGCAUCUUUAUCCGCACUGAGCGUUGGCGGGAAUCACAACAUUCUUGAAGAAAUUGUCGACGAUGUUGAGAUUGUCUUCUUUCCAAAGGGCGCUGUCUUGGUGGAACAAGGAGAGAGAAAUCCUGGUCUGUAUUAUGUGAUUGAUGGAUUUCUCGAUGUUAGUAUUCCUGUUGAGGAUGAUCAUUCCGAAAACAACGUCCUAGGCACUCUACCAGCAACAACCGGUAUGGCGGAGUCCGAUCUCUUUGCAGGGCCCUUCGCCAAUAGACGACCAGCUGCCUCAAGAGCAGCCACGAGCGAUAUUCUGAAGUCGAAGAAGAGGAAAAGUCUUUUCUUGACGAAGCCCGGAGGACUUGCCGGCUAUCUCGGAACCAUUUCCUCGUAUAGAUCUUUCAUCGAUGUCACUGCCAAGACAGAUGUGUAUGUUGGAUUCUUACCUAGGGCAUCCAUCGAGAGAAUCGUCGACCGCUACCCUGUCGUUCUUCUUACAAUGGCUAAGCGUUUAACGACCCUUCUACCUCGAUUAAUAUUGCACAUCGACUUCGCUUUGGAAUGGGUCCAAGUCAAUGCCGGCCAGGUUAUCUACAACCAAGGAGAUGAUAGCGACGCCAUCUAUAUCGUUCUUAAUGGUCGACUUCGCGCAAUCAGAGAAGGGGAGAACGAUGAAAUGCAGGUGAUAGGGGAGUAUGGACAGGGUGAUAGCGUUGGGGAGCUCGAGGUCUUGACCGAAUCGGCUAGACCUGGGUCGUUGCACGCUAUUCGAGACGCCGAAUUGGCGAAAUUCCCGAAGACUCUAUUCAACAGCCUGGCACUUGAGCAUCCUGGUAUCACAAUCAAGAUCUCAAAAAUCAUUGCUUCAAGGAUGCGUGCGCUAGUCAACGACCCUCUCCACGAGCAAGGCAAAGAGCGAAGUACGAAAGCAACGAGAAGUAAGGUCUCUUCGACAGUCAAUUUACGCACUGUUGCCAUUCUGCCAGUCACCGCAGGCGUUCCUGUUGUAGAGUUCAGUGGCAGGCUGAUGAAUGCUCUCGUUCAGAUUGGAACGCCAAAUGGUGUUGUGUCUCUCAAUCAAGCCGCAAUCCUCAACCACCUUGGAAGGCACGCUUUCAAUCGGAUGGGAAAGCUAAAGCUCUCACAGUACCUGGCAGAUUUGGAAGAGAAGUACGGACUUGUUCUUUACGUUGCUGAUACCAAUGUCAAGUCACCAUGGACUCAGACCUGUAUCAAUCAAGCUGAUUGCAUUCUCCUGGUCGGUGUCGCAGAUCAUCAACCAAACAUCGGCGAGUACGAACGAUUCCUACUCACAACGAAGACAACGGCGCGGAAAGAGCUUGUACUAUUGCAUUCUGAAAGGUAUUGUCCUCCGGGAACAACUCGUCGCUGGCUACGAAAUCGUCCCUGGGUCAAUGGGAGUCAUCAUCAUAUUCAAAUGUCAUUCCGUACGACGCCUGAGCCAGUACAUCCAGCUGGCCGUCGUUUCGGCAACGCACUGAAACAGCGUGUGCAAGUUCUGCAAGCCGAGAUCCAAAAAUACACGUCGAGAAAGGUUCGCCAGACUCCGCUAUAUUCCGCAGAAACACCCUUCAAGGGCGACUUCCACCGGAUAGCUCGCAGGCUAUGUGGAAAGUCGGUCGGUCUAGUGCUCGGCGGUGGUGGUGCUCGAGGAAUCGCUCAGAUUGGUAUCAUCCGAGCCAUGGAGGAGGCAGGCAUCCCCAUCGACAUCAUCGGCGGGACAUCAAUCGGUGCCUUCAUCGGCGCUCUUUACGCCUGGGAUGCUGACGUCGUACCAAUGUACGGACGAGCAAAGAAGUUCGCAGGUCGCAUGGGUAGUAUGUGGAGGUUUGCCCUCGACCUCACCUACCCCUCCGCCUCCUACACCACCGGCCACGAAUUCAACCGCGGCAUCUUCAAAACCUUCGGCAACGCCCAAAUCGAAGACUUCUGGCUCGAAUUCUACUGCAACACGACCAACAUCUCCAAAUCGCGCUCUCAGAUCCACACCUCGGGCUACGUCUGGCGCUACGUCCGCGCAUCCAUGAGUCUAGCAGGCCUCCUCCCGCCCCUGUGCGACAACGGCUCCCUCCUCCUCGACGGCGGCUACAUCGACAACCUCACCGUCGCGCACAUGAAAUCCCUCGGCGCCGACGUCAUCUUCGCCGUCGACGUCGGCUCCCUCGACGACACGACCCCCCAGAGCUUCGGCGACUCGCUUUCAGGCUUCUGGGCGCUGCUGAAUCGCUGGAACCCAUUCAGCUCCUACCCCAACCCGCCGACUCUCUCCGAGAUUCAGUCCAGGCUCGCGUAUGUGAGCAGCAUCGACGCGCUGGAACGCGCGAAGACGACGCCGGGGUGCCGGUACAUGCGCCCGCCGAUCGACCCGUACGGGACGCUGGAUUUCGCAAAGUUUGACGAGCUGUACAAUGUCGGGUACCAGUAUGGGAAGGAGUUUCUCGGGCAGUUGAGGGAGCAGGGCAUUUUGCCGGUUAUGGAGGAGACGGAGAAGGAGAGGGAGUUGAGGCGGACGAUGGCGCCGAGGAGGGCGAGUAUUUGAGGGGGCGAGUGGAUGAGGCAGUUGGCAUGGGUUGGUGUUGGUGUUUUGCGUCUUGUUUUUUGUGGGCGUGGGCUGGGUUUGGGACAAGGGAAUACACAUAGAUCGAGGCGAAUAGGUGUUGGACUCUGAUAGAUAACAAGGAACUCCUCUUUACACG